AUGCAUUUCCUCUGGACUCUCGGUGCUCGUUCAUCUCCAUCAUCAAAUCGUUUUCUAUUACUUAAACGAUUUCAAUCAACACAAACAACUGCAAAAAAUGCAAAAUCUAUUUUUACAUAUGGAAAAGAUGGACAUUAUUUCCGUGACCGAAUUGAUCCUAAUGAAUCUAAAUUCUCAAAAAUUUUAAUUGCAAACCGAGGUGAAAUUGCCUGUCGUAUUAUUCGAACAUGUCAAGCAAUGGGUAUUAAAACAGUAGCUGUUCACAGUGAUGUUGAUUCAAAUUCAUUGUUUGUUAAAAUGGCUGAUGAAGCUGUUUGUAUUGGACCUGCUCAAGCUAAAUUAAGUUAUCUCAAUGAAGAUAUUAUAUUAAAUGCUGUUAAACAGACCGGUGCAGAAGCUGUUCAUCCUGGCUACGGUUUUCUUUCUGAAAAUACCAAAUUUGCUAAAAAACUUGCUGAUAAUAAUGUUGAAUUCAUUGGUCCAUCAAGUAAAUCUAUCGAAGCUAUGGGUGAUAAAAUUCAUAGUAAAGUAAUUGCUCGAAAAGCAAAUGUCUCUAUGAUACCCGGUUAUGAUGGUGAAGUUAAAGAUGAAGAUGAAUGUAUUCGUGUUAGUAAUGAUAUUGGCUAUCCUGUUAUGAUUAAAGCAUCAGCUGGUGGUGGUGGUAAAGGAAUGCGUGUUGCAUGGAAUGAUAAAGAAGCACGAGAAAAUUUUCGAUUAUGUAAAGGUGAAGCAGCAUCCAGUUUUGGUGAUGAUCGUAUGCUUGUAGAAAAAUUUAUUGAUAAUCCUCGUCAUAUUGAAUUUCAAAUACUUGGAGAUAAAUCUGGAAAUAUACUUUAUUUGAAUGAACGUGAAUGUUCAAUUCAAAGACGAAACCAAAAAGUUAUUGAAGAAGCACCUAGUGUUUUUCUCGAUAAAGAAACUCGACGAAAAAUGGGUGAAGAAGCUGUACAAUUAGCUCAUGCUGUUGGAUAUUAUUCAGCUGGUACUGUGGAAUUUAUGGUUGAUUCAAAACGUAAUUUCUAUUUUCUUGAAAUGAAUACUCGACUUCAAGUUGAACACCCAAUUACAGAAGCUACAACUGGUAUUGAUCUUGUUCAUCAAAUGAUUCGUGUUGCUAAAGGUCAUAAAUUAAAUUAUAAACAAGAAGAUAUUACUAUGAAGGGUUGGGCUUUUGAAUGUCGUGUUUAUGCUGAAGAUCCUUAUAAAGCUUUUGGUCUUCCUUCGAUUGGUCGUCUUACAUCCUAUAAAGAUCCAAGUGAUAUUCCAAAUGUUCGUUGCGAUAGUGGUAUCACUGAAGGUAGUGAAAUUAGUUUAUAUUAUGAUCCAUUAAUAUGCAAAUUAACUACUUUUGGAAAUGAUCGACAAGCAGCAUUAGCAACAAUGGCUCAAGCAUUAGAUUCCUAUGUAAUUCGCGGUGUUACAAAUAACAUUCCAUUAUUAAGAGAUAUUAUAACUGAAGAACGUUUUGUUUCUGGUGAUAUUAGUACAAAAUAUUUACCACAAGUUUAUCCUGAAGGAUUUAAAGGCAAACAAUUAAAAGAUACAGAACGAGAAAGUUUAGUUGCAUUAGCAGCAUGUGUUGCUGUUAAAGGUGCACUACGAGAUCGUUCAUUUAAACGACAACAUUCAAAUGUUACAAGACCAACAGAUUAUGAAUAUGAAGUUAGAUUGAAUGAUUUUAAACGUAAAAUACGAGUUACACCAAGUGAAAAAGAUGGAAUGAAAGAAUUUCAUGUUGAUGUUGAUGGUAAACAAAAUAUAACAAUAAAAGAUAAUUUUAAAUUAGGUGAUCAUGUUCUUAAGAUUGAUUUUAAUGGUCAACCAUUUACAAUGCAAUUAUAUAAAAUGGAUGCAACAGGAAAUGUUACAUUAAUUUAUCUUGGAACUAAAUAUGAACUUCGUGUAUUACCACAACGUGCUGCAAAAUAUAUGUCAAUUAUGCCUGCAAAGAAACAAAUUGAUUUAGCAUCUGUUCUUAUUUCACCUAUGCCCGGUAUUGUUAAAUCUGUUAGUGUUAAAGUUGGAGAACGAGUUGCUGAUGGACAAGAAGUUUGUGUUGUUGAAGCAAUGAAAAUGCAAAAUAAAUUAAUUGCUGGUCGAGCUGGAGUGGUUAAAUUUGUUGGUAUUAAAGAAGGUGAAACAGUUGAAGAUGGAAAAAUCUUAAUUGAACUUGAAUAA